GAGGAAUGCACGGGUGGACAGGUCUUCAAAGAGUGUGGUUCAGCUUGUGACGUCACGUGUGAGAACGUGAACACGCCUAUUCCAUGCACCAAGCAAUGUGUCAGGAGGUGCCAGUGCCCCAGUGACAAACCAGUCUGGUACAAAGGACAGUGCGUAACAGCAGACCGAUGCCCUGUGUGUACAGGCGGGCAGGUUUACAAAGUUUGCGGCUCUGCGUGUGACGUCACUUGUGAAAAUCCGGACUCGCCUGUACCUUGCCACAAAAUGUGCGUCGAAAGGUGUCAGUGCCCAACAGACAAACCAGUAUGGUUCCAGGGUCAAUGCGUUACUGCUGACAAAUGCCCAAAAUGUUCCGGGGGUCAAAUCUACACAGAGUGCGGAUCAGCUUGUGACGUCACUUGCGGAAACUGGAACAAACUAACGCCAUGUACAUUGCAGUGUGUUCAGAAGUGUGAAUGUCCCACGGACAAGCCUAUAUGGCACAAUGGUCAGUGUGUUACUUACGACCAGUGUCCAGUAUGCACUGGUGGUCAAGUUUUUAAGAGAUGCGGUCUGGAUUGUAAUGCCACGUGUGAGAAGGUCAAAACGCCCAUCAAGUGCCGACUGGACUGCAAUCCUAAGUGUAGAUGUCCCUUCCGUCGCCUCAUACUUCACAACGGCCAGUGCAUCUCCAAGAACGAAUGUCCAGAUCCAGGUAUGUUAUAAAUCUUUUAGAUUCGUAUAUGAAUAUCUUUCUCUUAUAUACAGUUACCCACAACACAAGUUCUCAUAAUUAAUUUCAUUGCGAGCCGUGAACUUCUUUAAACUAUGUUUUGCAUUACCCUUAUUUCAUUAGACCACAACAUUCUUUCUUUCCUAUCGUUAUUGACAGUGACUGAAUCGGGCGUUUUGUUUUGGUAUAUGCAAAAUGCAUAUGUGCAUUACGAAUUUUAAAAAUGAUGACUUGUUGUCGUGUUGUGUCUUACACGCAGCGUAUUAAAUAAUUUUUGUUAUUCUUGAAUAGGGUAUUGGAAUAUAAUUUUCUUGCACAUGUUGAGCAGCAUAUAUUUCAUGGGUUUAUGAGACUUCAUUAUAUGAUCGACAAUAAACUCUUUGAAUAAUCGUUUUCUAUUAUUCGUUUUAUGCGAUGUUAUACACUGAUAUUCCAGAUGUUAAUAACUUCAUCGGUUGGAGUCUUUGGGGCUCGUGGACCGCGUGUUCAAAAUCGUGUGACAGUGGUAUUCAAACGAGGUCUCGCACAUGUGGACGUGGAAACUGCGAGGGUGAUACGAGUCAAAGUCGACCAUGUAACACUCGCUGCUGCAAUCCCCUGAAGGCCCCGCUGCGCGCCUUCGACUGCACCCGAGAUCCCCUGUUGUGUCUGAGCUGCCAGGCCAAGACGUACAUCUCGAUAGAUCACGUGUGUCGCUACCCAUCAUGCUCCUCGUUCCCAGCGGCAUGUCAGUAUCCGCCACGCUACACUCUCGCCUGCAAGCCUGACCCAAGCCUUGCUUCCAUAGAGCAGCGCGUGAGGAACCUGUGUCAAGGGAAAACCACAUGCAACAUCCAAAUGCCGUGUGGAGGCGCCUGGCUGAAGUCUUACGCCGUGAAGUACAGCUGUUGUUGUGCUCCUGUAGCAAAGGUUGCCAAGCAACCAGAUGUAAUGAACAUUGUAUACAAACCAUAAAGGUCUAGACUCUUUUGAGUUUCUCCCAGCUGGCACACCACUAGGAACUAGGAGCUGGCUAAAACCCGGAAGCAAUGCACUGUUCGACAAAACCCGCGUGGUGUGUUAGUGGGUGACUAAAACUGACGUUGAUUUUCAACAUAUUUCAAACGUGAAAUGGUUAUUGCUUUACUUAAUGUUCCUUAUUUCCACCUAUAAUAUGCAAAUCUUACUGGCUAGCAGGUUUAUAAUUGCCACAAAAAUGCAAUGAAAGGCCUACCUCUGAACAGCUAUUUAUCUGCAUAGCAGACAAAAGUCCAAUAAAAUCAUAAAUGAUGCUACCAAUUUCCUGUGAAUGAUACUUGCUAUUUGAACCAGGCCACAUAUUGCAGCAAUGUUGGAUCUGGAGUAUUUGAUGCAUGUUUUGUAAAAGAGUCUUAGGGGUCUUUCAGAAUAGAGGAUCCGAGAACUAACUGAUCCGCCCACUAAAUAUGGCCGACCCCACUUCAAAAGCG